AUGGCAGUCUCCUUGAUCGAAGAGAAGGUCUUGGGCAGACUGGCCAAAUACAGCGCACCAUCAAACGCACUUCUAUCAGCAUCAUUGUACCAGGUGCUCGGCCUUUCGAUACUCCUGUCACGGAAGCUUGUAAAGGCUCAGAGAGUACGCCGACUUGAUAUGACCCGCGACACAAAGUCGCUCAAGCUAUACCAUCACAUCAUCUGGUUAGCACGGGAAGGGUUGUCAAUCACGGAAGUGUACAUAUUACCCUACUGUCAAAACGGCGAGCAGGGCCCCGAGUGCCGUGUCAUGGCAGCAAAGCUGCGCGCUUCACUGUACCAUGUGUUCUGUCUAUUCCACAACCAUCCGCCCAUCAGUGCGAUGAGCCCGCGCUCCCUCGACAGCGACUCGCCUCCGUCGAGCGGACGAGCUCAAAAAGCAGGCAACGAACGGGCGAAGCGAUCACCAGGCAAGUCGCCGCGAGAUGGCGAUGGUAGAGAGUAUGGCAAGCGUCGAAGGAGGGCUGGAAGUUCAGGACUUCGAGAUCCGAUACCUUCGAUGACCUCCGAGACAUCAUAUGUCACCAAUCCAUUUGCUGGACCAGCACAGACACCACCUCCGCCCGGGCCACCACCACCGGUCCCGCUUGAUGCCCGGCGAACACCUGAACGACCACCCGGCCUUGCACGCAUUGAGAUACCAUCGCCACAGGCUUCCGCUGCAUUCUUGCUGCCACCUCUGAACUACGUACCGAUGGCAAAAGAACAUUUCGAGACAGCCCAACAACUUGCCACAAGCUUGCUCCCACCAGCAAACGCAUUGCGCCUGUCAAUCGCGCUAGAGUAUUCAGCUUUUCUAUCAGACUGCGAGAAGCAGCACGAACGCUCUGUCCGAGUCGCGGCAAGGGCUGUCAGAGCCGUGUAUGCUUCGAAGGACGGACUCGAUGAUGAUGAGUUUGCAGAUGCAGCUGAGCUCGUCAAAGCCCUUGCUCUACUGGUCAAGCGUGGGACCAUGCAGCCUACUACACAACCUAGUAAAGAGGCCCUGGAUAGCCCGAGGAAGUCUGUCUCAUCAGCACCCCUAAUCGAUCGUACCAUCGCUGUCAGUCCUAGCAAUAGGAUGAACAAGACACGCUCACCACUCGAGCGUGGUCCAAGGCUGCGGACACCAGAUCGCCUAUCGACUGUUGCCGAAGAUGUAUCAGCGGAAGCGACAAGCUCUUCACAGACCUUAGCACCCGUGGACCCACCACUCUCACGUCUGAGUGAGAAAGGUGCACGGCGUAAAGACUCCGCAAGUUCCGCAACAUCAGACAAGGCGGCAAAGCGACGAGCACUAGAAGCCGCCGAGGAGAUUUACAGACGCGAUAGCGCCGGUGGUAGGAGUCGGACUAGUGGAGGCAGUCGUCAGGCAACGCCAGCAGAAGGAAGCCAGCAGACUACGACAGCACAGCCUCCUCCACAAGACCAGCAGUCUACGACGAUCCAGCAGAUGAUGUCCGGGCAACAGCCACAGAUCGGCCGGCCAUAUACAGCAGACGAGCAGCUUGCGACAGAUGAGCAGCCUACCACAGACCUACCACAAUUACUGCGUCGAGACAUGACACUCCGGACCAGCAUCGAAGAAAGGCGACUAGCUAUCCUCAUGGCUCUCAAGAUCCUCACGUCUGUCUCUGAGGGCCUGCGAGUACCAGAGAGAUCGCAUGGAGGGGCAAGAGCGUGGCGAGUAAUAUGA